AUGCGGUCGUUGUCGAUUCUGCUCGGCCUGCUGGCCGUGGCCAUCUCUGGAGUCUACAGCACGGCGUUGACCUACAAACUUGGGGCCAACGAAAAGGCAUGCUUCUUUACCUUCGUCGGGCGCCAGAAUGCCAAAGUCGCAUUCUAUUUCGCCGUCCAAUCUGGCGGCUCGUUCGACGUCGACUACUCGGUCAUAGGCCCGAACGACAAAAAGAUUAUGGAGGGCCAGAAGGAGAGACAGGGCGACCUGGUCUUCACCGCGCAGACUCCUGGAGAGUAUCGAUUUUGCUUCGGCAACGAGAUGUCUACAUUCGCGGACAAGAUGGUGGAUUUCGAGAUUGCGGUCGAAGACGAAUCCAAGUCCGCCCUCCUCCCUCAAAAGGCCGGGUCGUCUCCCGAGCAAACCUCGGUGCUAGAAGACGUGAUUUUUAAGAUCAGCGGCCAGUUGAGCACAAUCAGUCGGAUGCAGAAAUACUUCCGGACAAGAGAGAACCGCAACUUCAGCACAGUGCGCAGUACUGAACAGAGAAUCUUCAAUUUCAGCUUGGUCGAAGUGCUCAUGAUGGCGGGAAUGGCUGCCUUGCAGGUCUUGGUCGUCCGGUUCUUCUUCCAGGGUGCUCGGAAAGGUAAGUCGACUUUAACAGACACAUACAUGUUCCGCCCGAAAGAGAUUUCCCUGUUGUAUUUGUGGCUAGACAGGUUGCUGACGGGCUUUACUUUACGUUUGGCAGGAUAUGUAUAG